GGAGAUUUGUGGAUUUCCCAUAAAAAUAUUGCUGUUUAAUUGCCCGAUCAGUAUUCUAUAUUUUUAUUCAACUAAACUUUAACCUUAGUGCAGUGUCAAUGGCCCAAAAUAUGGAAUUAGAUGUGACAUUGGCCCCAAACAGCAUUCGAUUGCAACAAUGAACCUUUGCUAGGUUUUCUGGUCAUGCGUGGCUGGCACAAAUAAGUGGAUUGGUCUCUGCUUUCCAUUAGAGGAUGCCAAGCUGCGUGGGACAUAUAAAAUGGACCGUGUGUCUCCAAUCAAAUCAUUCGGUUAACCACAGCUAUGUCAUCAAGUCACAUUUUGAUAGUUUCUGUUGUGCUCGCUGUGGCUUUGAGCAUCCCAUGUGUGCUUGGCCAGACAAUCGACUGUCAAAGGCCACCGCGACUUGUGGAUCCAUCACUCUGCUGCAGGGACGGCGGUCGCGAUCAGAUCGCAGAUAAAUGCGUGCAGCGGAUUAUAGGGGAAGGGGUAAAGACGGGCAUGCCUUCGCUGGAAACUUCCACAUGUCUGGCUGAGUGCAUCCUCACAACGUCACAGUACAUUCAAGAUCCACAGAAGCUGCACCUGGACAACAUCCGCAGUAAUCUCUCGGCAAAGUUUUCCAAUGACACCGCUUAUGUGGAGGCGAUGACGGCAGCGUUCACAAAAUGUGAGCCCCAAUCCCAACGUCGUCUGGCAGCCAUUCAGCAGUCGCAGCCACAGCACAAAUGCAGUCCCUUCUCGGCGAUUGUUCUCGGCUGCACAUACAUGGAGUACUUUAAGAAUUGCCCCGAACAUCGAUGGACGCAAAAUGCGGAUUGUGAUUUAGCCAAGACUUAUGUUACCCAAUGCGGUUUGGGGGCUUAAACACUUGAUGUUGCAAAUAAUUCACUUAAUUUUAAAUAGAGAAAUUGUUUAAAUUGUCCACCUACUCAUCGAUAUCGAUGGCAGACUUAUCGAUCAAAUAUAUUUCUGACGGUCA